AUGGCUCAGGAUCAUCGCUGGUUGGCGAUUCGUGUUCAGUCAACAAUGAAUGUGUGUCUGGCUCGUAUUGUUCAAUGGGGAGAUGCACUUGUUGGACUACACACAUUGCCAUUGAAGGAUUCUGUUGGAGGAGUACCUAUACGAUCAAAAGUGCAUUCUUGUAAACCCGUUAAAGUUCAUGAGAAAUCUGGCCGGAAGAAUUCGGUUGCACGUAUGACGCCCAAUGCGCCGCUGCGUGGCCUGAAAGCACAUGCCAGUUCAGGACGUGCAAGUGCCCGACAUCUAUGCAAAGUGCGCCUACUAGGGACGGCACCGUGUGCCAUCGUGCAGGUACAGACAUGGAGAUUUAUAGGAUGUGAUGACUUUCCAGAGGUGCACGAUUGUAUCGGUGGACUAUGCUGUCCAUCCAGAGCGAUGGUAUGUAUUCAACCACUAGACACUGGCGAUUUCGCAAAGCUGAACUCUACGACGACUCGUUGGCAUUAUGACCCAAUAUCGCAUUCUUGUUGGUCUUUCCAGUUCUCGGGUGUUGGCGGAAACGCCAAUAAUUUCUUGAAUGAGGAACACUGCAAGUCAUAUUGUGUUAACACGUGUCCGCGCGGAAUGCCACAGACUUCAGGCAGUUCUUCAAUGCUAUUUCAAAGAAGUGAUGAUAACAAGUGUCUUCCUGGAGCAGGAAAUUGUGACUCGGAAAGGUUCCAGUGCAUUCGUGUUGGCGUUGAAUAUCAAUGCUGCCCAAGCCGCGGCAUUGUGUGCAACCAACCGCAGAUGAAAGGAGUGGCUUGCCUGGUAUCUCCGGUUUCUCGAUUUUGGUACAACUCGACCUCUUCCAGUUGUCAGCUGUUUCUAUACAGCGGUUGCCAGGGUAAUUUGAACAAUUUUCCCUCACUGGAGAGUUGUCAGCAGUUUUGUGAAGGUGUCGAGGGUAAGGCUGUCACUAAUGCGACGAUGUUACUACUGGUACAAUUUCGAAUGUUAGAAUUUUUCUGUUCUUUUUCAGUUAUUCCUCAGUGUCCGCUUGGUGACGCACUUAGGUUGGCAGGCAUGCCGCAGAAAUGUUCGAUAGACCUUCUUGAAAACGAAUGUCCAAGAAACUAUGAGUGCCAUUUCGACGGAAGGACGUACGGAUGCUGUCCGACUUUAGGUACCAUUAAUCUAGAGGAACUCUUUUAUGACCAUCAAAUGCUUUCCAAUACAUCUGUUCUCUUGGUCAUGAUAAAGGCAAACCAUGCGAUCAGAAGCCGUCUUUACGAUGCUUGUUCGUCGUCGGAAUACGUAUUAUUGUCGUCGUUGUCGGGUACUCCAGUUGAAUGUUUGACAGAACCUUGUCCUUCUGGCUACUCAUGUCUUCCUGACGUUUGGAAUAGGACGAGGAUGUGUCCUGCCCAUCCGGUAUGCGAACUAUCCGUCUGCGAACAGGAGAUCCUUUCGGAUGUCUCUCCGAUCAUCACUGUCCUGAUGGAGCCUAUUGCCAUCAACCGGAAAUUAUUAAAUCCGGGAUUUGUUGCAGAAUCGUGCAAUCCGAUAGCCAGAGAGUAUUUUGCUCGUCAAGAAAGCGGUGUCCUCCACAUCACUUCUGCCUUCGGCGCAAAGCGGAUGGUCACGCUCAUAUUCGCUCAAAUGCCAUUGUAUGCUUAG